CCCUCUGUGUUUGUUUUGUGGCGUGCUCCUUCUAUGUCAGAGUAGAGGAGCGUUCUGACAGGGACAUACCAUUCUUCAACCGCAGGGGAAGUCAUCAAAGCAGCAGUGAGCUUCAGAGCUUAAAGCUCACUUCCUUUCCACCCACUGCAUUUUUAGUCUGUGGGCUGUUCCGAGGUGGAGCAGGGGGGAUGGAGGGGGUUCAGAGGAGGAGGAGAGAGUCAGGAGAACAUUGAGAUACCAGCUGAUCAGAGCUGAGGUAUUCAGCCACGGAGGGACUGUCAGAGUGACUGGAAAUUACUGAAAGACGAAGAGGGGAUACAGAAAAAAGGCACACAUUGAGAAAAAAAGAGAUGUUUCCUUCAUUUCACGUGAAUCUGAGAACUCAUGGGGAGAUGUGAGGGUUUCUGUCAGGGUGGGAACCUGAAGAGGAGUGUCAGAGGAGAACUGGAAGCUGAGUCUUGGUGACUGGUGAGUCAGCUCAAGGUUGGAGGACUUGGCGGAAUAAGGAGCGAUGUCUUGGCUGUCCCCAGUGUCAUGGGCCAAAUGGACAUGGACGGCGGUCCGAGGGGGAGAGGAGGAUGGAGAGGGGCAGGAGGAUGGAGAGGGGCAGGAGGCCAGCGAGAGAAGGGAGCAGUGGAGAAGGAGAGAAGAGGAAGAGGAGGAGGAGAGAUCUCAAGGCAGCAGCUCUGACUCCGAGGGUCAUUUUGACACCCCUGAAGCAGCGACUCCCGUCCGUGCCCCUCAGCCUGUCCCAAGAGAGCUGGAGAACAACAACACCAAUGCAGACAAAACAGAUUUGGAGCAGGAGGAGAACCUGAUAGUGACUAUUCCUGUCAGAGAUCCAGAUACCACACCGAGCCACAGCAUGGGUCAGGAGGAACCUGUGGUACCUGUGGAAGGUCAGCUGGAAAUAGAAGUCCAAAAUCAAGAUGAAGAGCAAGCAGAGCAACCUUUAGAAAACCAUGAUUCUUUUCCUCUUCCUGAUUCAUCCCCUCUAAAGGAAGAGGCUCAGAUCCCAGCUCUAGAUUCAGAGCCAUCCAAAGACAUAAAGGUCUGUGAUGCAGAUGUAGUCCCAGAUCUGGCACCAGCUCCAGACCCAACUGACCCAGAUUCAGUACCAAUCAAUGAACCUGGAGCAUCAAAUGCUUCACAGCCUCCUGAGGAGAAAGCUGUUUCUGAUGUAGAGGAAAACCUGGAUGUGCUCUCCAACCAUACAGAACCUGAACAAAAGACGAAAAGUAUCAAGUCCAAGCCUCCAUCCCUGAAAAUAAAGGCCCCAGUAAGUCCUCUGCCUCAUACAGAGGAGGAACAAGAACUUUCAGUUCCAAAGGCAUCAUACAGCCUUAACCUUGACCAGCUUGAUGACAGCUUUAACCCCUUCACCAGUGGCGGAUCCAAAAUCCAGAACUCUCCUCCACCAUGUGGCUCAAGCUCUCUCCCCAGGCUAGAGCCACCUUGCGAGUCGUUGCCUGUCAGUGAGGCCACUAAAAUAUCAAAAGGAGACUCAGAAACCAUAGAUCCAUCUUCAGAAGCGAAGCCUGUGGUGCUGGAGUUUGGUCUGGACGAUGGAAUGGUCAGGAAGCCCCCUCCAAAGAAAUUAGGGGGGAAAAGGACAACCAGCAAAAUUGCUGCAAAGAAGCAAAAGCCAAAAGAUUCAGAGACCCCUUGCAAACCAGCAGCAGGACCGACAGUGUUGGAGACACAACCAGAACCAGUGUCAGAAACCGCUCCUGAGCCUAGUUCCCAAUCUAUACCAGAGCCUGCUUCAGAACAGCUUCCAGAACCCGUUGCAACGGACUCCUCCGCACCUCUGAAUCUAGAUGACCUCCCUAUUCCUAAAAGCGGAACUUAUAACUUUGACCCCAGUCAAUGGGACGACCCCAACUUCAAUCCGUUUGGUAGCAACAGCAAGGUUAGCAGCUCUCCUGUGCUGCCGAAGGCCUCAUACAGCUUUGACCCGGACAAUUUUGAUGAAUCCAUAGAUCCUUUUAAACCAUCUCAAUCCCUAAACAACGAGGAUUCAUCCUGCACUGCCUCUCAGCCUGAGACAAAAAUAAAAGAGCAUGGCAAACCCAAGGCAAGGCAGACCCCAGGGGAGAAGAAAGUGAAGCAGAUUCCAAAGAAAAGCAAAGAGAGAGCAUCCACGAAUUCCUGUAAAGUGCAGAAAUACGAUGAGAGCCAGUCGCUGGUCCUCGACGUGUGCAGUCAGGGUGAAGAUGAAGUGGUGGUUCAGACCCCAGAGAUCACUCAGCGGGUUCAUCACGCCACAGAUGAGGAGAAGCUGGCCUCUACCGCCAUGAUUGGCCAGGAUGAGAGAGAAGGGCAGGAUUGCAGUAAACCAACCGAGAAGAAACAGACAUCCAGUGAUUUACCUACUGCUGAUGGUCCUGAGAUCAAGAUUACAGAUCAUCUGCUGGAGCCGGACACCUUCAGUCUGAAAGAUGAUCUAAAGGAGAUACCGAUGCACCAGACUGCUAAACUGAGCAGUGAUGACCCUAAGCCAGCAGCUCUGUCACAGGACAGCAUUCCUCUGACUGAGAUGGACAAAGCUGCAGUGCUGACCCUGAUCAGAGAAGAGAUCAUCACUAAAGAGAUUGAAGUCAGUGAAUGGAAACGAAAAUAUGAGGAGAGCAGAGCAGAGGUGAUGGAAAUGAGGAAAAUAGUUGCAGAAUAUGAAGCAACAGUUGCACAGAUGAUUGAGGAUCAGCAGCAGAACAAGAGCCUCUCCUCCAGUAAGUCCGUCCGGCAGCUGACUCUAGAGAGAGAUCAGGCUGUGGCUGACCUUAACUCCGUGGAGAGAUCCUUCGCAGAUCUCUUCAGGCGGUAUGAGAACAUGAAAGGAGUCUUAGAGGGAUUUAAGAAGAAUGAGGAGGUGCUGAAGAAGUGUGCACAAGAUUACCUGCUACGUAUCAAGCAGGAGGAGCAGCGAUAUCAAACCCUAAAGCUCCAUGCUGAGGAGAAGCUGGACAAGGCCAAUGAGGAGAUAGCCCAGGUACGCGCCAAGGCAGAUGUUGAGAGCGUGGCGCUGAAUGCAAGCCUGAGAAAGGAGCAGAUGAAGGUGGAGUCUCUGGAAAGAGCCGUCCUUCAAAAGAAUCAAGAAAUUGAGGAGCUGACCAAGAUCUGCGAUGAGCUAAUUGCUAAGCUGGGAACUGAUUGAAGAGACUUCAGUGACGUCGACAUCUUCAGCGUCCUUCAGCUCGAGCCCAAGAUGUUUGUUACAGCAUCAUGUGAUAGAGAUCCAGCACAAAUGAGAACAUGUUAACUGACCACACACGUAUUUUAUGUUACAAAAGCUACAAAAUCAUCAGCAGCCGUGUUUUAUUUUUACUUUAAUAUUUAGUCAGUGCUUUUAAAGAUUAAAUAUCAUCAAAGUUGUAAAGAUUUCUUACAGAUCGUUUGUAUAUUGCUCUUUUGUUUAACCGUCUUCAUCAUCAUUUUAUACUGCAAGUUUCUAGAAACUGAGGGCAAAGACGACCCAGGCACUUUUUUCAUCCCAGCACAUGUUCACCGUAAUGACCUCUAUAUGAAGGCUGUAAAAAAAAAAAGAUUUUUACUGAGUGCCUAAACCGAUUGAACUUUAUUAAUUUUCUGCUCUUCUGCAUAGUUCUUUU